CCCUCCCCUAUAUCCAGGCGUGAAGUGGUUUGCGCUGUGUGGUGAUACAGUGCGCACUACCCGCCAGCACAGUACGCCGGAUGAUGCCUCCCGAUUUCCCGACCUCGCCUGAUCCACCAACAGCGUUCCAUAUCGGAUCGCUGCUUCACGACCACGUCCAAACAUCAAUCUACAAGCCAUUGGGAGCUGACACGGCGCCGUGUCUUGCGCCAAUCAUGUCCGCCUCGCUUCUUCGACCGCGCUUGGCCGCCACCGGCCUCAGAGCCGCUCCCCGACCGACGAUAUGCCCGCAUUCGCAAAAAUCCAUCCCCCGGCGCCAUAAUUCGAGCUCGACAAGCAGCGCCAGCAAGGGCUCCGGCAGCGGGCUCAAGGUCGCAGCCUACAGCGGAGCGCUCGCAGCAGCCCUUUAUGCCUCGUACCUUUAUGUGACCGACACGCGAGCCUUUGUCCACAGAUAUGUCGUCCCGCCGCUGCUUCGAACCGUCGUCCCCGACGCUGAAGAUGCGCACCACGUGGGUGUCAAUGCGCUGAAGUUCCUGUAUGAGGCGGGAUUGAACCCUCGGGAGCGUGACUCUGCUGCCAACAACUCCAACCUCUCGGCCUCCGUCUUUGAGCACCAAUUGGCAAACCCCAUCGGCAUUUCUGCAGGCCUCGACAAGGAUGGCGAGAUUCCAGAUGCGCUGUUUGCACUGGGAGCCGGUGUUGUUGAGAUUGGAGGCUGCACGCCACUGCCCCAGGAGGGAAAUCCCAAGCCUCGUGUCUUCCGAGUGCCCAUCUUGGACGGAAUGAUUAACCGAUAUGGCCUCAACUCGAGGGGAGCAGACGACAUGGCGAUCCGCCUGCGCGACCGACUGCGACGAUUUGCGCGCUCAAUAGGAGUUAGCGAGGAGGAAAUCAUCAGUGGCGAAGCCGGUAUUCCCGUGGGAAGCUUGAAGCCUGGGCGGAUACUCGCAGUGCAAAUCGCAAAGAACAAGGAAACAAACGAGAAGGAUGAGCAAGCCAUUGCCUCAGACUACGUCUACUGCACAAAGCGGCUGGCUCGCUAUGCUGAUGUUCUGGUCGUCAAUGUCAGCAGCCCCAACACGCCGGGUCUUCGAGACCUGCAAGCAACGGAGCCUCUAUCACGACUCCUCUCAGCGGUCGUCGAAGCAGCAGCUCAAACCGACAGAAAGACCCGACCCAAGGUCAUGGUCAAGGUUUCUCCUGACGAAGAUGAAGACUCCCAGAUGGAAGGCAUCGUCCAAGCCGUCCAGAAGAGCGGCGUUGACGGCAUCAUCGUCGGAAACACCACCAAAAGAAGAUCCGGAUUGAACCCCAAGGGUGCCCGACUCUCUGUCAGAGAACAAAAGGCUCUGAUGGAGGUGGGUGGCUUCUCUGGCCCAGCCAUGUUUGAGCGAACCCUGGAUCUUGUCGGUCGAUACCGCAAGAUGCUUGACUCACAACCCGGCGUUGGUAAGGGAGAGCAAAAGGUCCUUUUUGCGACUGGAGGCAUCACAAACGGAGAACAGGCGCUCAAGGUGUUGAAUGCCGGCGCAAGCGUAGCGAUGGUAUACACUGGAAUGGUUUAUGGAGGCGUUGGAACGAUUACGAGGAUGAAGCAAGAGAUGCGUGAGGCUCUAUAGAGAGACUUGUUUUGAAAAGACGGCAGGGGGGAUGUUUGUGACGUGAAAACCUGGAGCGGCGUAUUAGAAGCGUUAAAAGGAGAGACUUGAUAUACUACCAGUAACUUGUAUUUAUAACCAAAAAUCAGAUAGCAACGUUGUAUCGCUGCCAAUGUAUAGAGCUUGGAAUUUUAGCCUUGGAUCAAUUUCGCGCAAAACGAGAUGCAGCUCUUAAAUGUGUAUUAUUGC